AUGAUUCUUGACUAUAAUCGGGGACAUGACGCUGACUUAAUUCGACAAAAAAAUGCAGUGGUUUCUGGCGACCCCUACACUCAGUACAAGAUUUCUCAAUCUGGCAUGCCUCCACCGUCGAACAACUCCGUCAAGUCACCUGUAAAACCGCCCGGACCGCAUCAAGUUUUCGAUGUUUCUCUCGAGUUUGUCAUGGAACAUAAUAACAAUGACCCCAUUCCUCGUCUUUUGCGGGAGUGCGUCGAGUACAUUCGUAAAUACUGCUUGGACGUUGACGGCAUUUUCCGACGUAGUUCGAAUGCAUCAUUAGUGAAAUCCGUCAAAGCGCAGUAUAAUUCAGGAGGGUCAGUAAACUUCCAGGUUUGUGGUGACCCUCAUUUACCUGCGGUAUUGAUCAAAACAUUCCUUCGAGAUCUCACCGAGCCAAUUCUAACGUAUGAAUUUUACAGUACGAUUCAGGGCCUUCAUAGUCUACCCUGGGAGACAAGGUUAGGGGAAGCUCGUGAGUUAAUUUCAGUUCGUUUACCGGAUCCCAACUACACUGUGCUGAAGUACGUAAUGACCCUUCUUAUUGAGGUUUCCGCGCACUCAUCGCAAAAUAGGAUGACGGAUGUCAACUUGGGAAUCGUAUUUGGUCCAAACUUGCUGUGGUCUCGUUACGCAACAAUUACCUCCUUUGCCGAGGUUGCACAGAUCACCGCAUUUGCCCAACUCCUCAUCUCCAACUUUGACGACAUUUUUGUCAAGUGA